AUGUUCAUCACAAAGUCCGUCUAAAUUGUCGUGUGCUAUUCCGGCAUACAUUAUACCACAAAAAAAUAAAGUACAAAGGCUAAGGCACUGACUCCAUUUAUGUUGCAGCAUGUCCUCCACGACUCAAUAAUAUAUUGCCUCCUCCUACGAGAAAUUGAACAUAACAUUAAUUUCGGAGGAUACUGAAGAAACAAAAUCAGAAGAAAGAAGAAAAAAAAAAAAUCAUGAACACAAGAAACAGUCCUCAGAUUCAGAAGAGCCUGUCUCGGCAGUCAUCGAAGAAUUCUAAGGCAAAGCAAGAGCCACUUAGUCCGUUUUCUGGUGGAUGCUGCCGAGGCUUCACCAGCGUGAAGACUGUGGCAUCCACCACAUCAACCUUGCAACAACAUCAGCUACAACAACGUUAUGAGAGUUUGGAAGUGAAGGUGGCAGAUUUGGAAAAGGAGGUGCAAAAGCAGACAGAACUCCGAGUGAUGUAUAGGAAAAGAAUGGAAAGGACACAAGACUAUUUAAGGUACUGCCUCCAAAUAGCACAAGAGAAUGGAAUCUUGGAACACAUUAUCCACUCCAAAGGUGAACUUCAACAUUCUCCUCUAUCUGUCUACAAUGUCAGCUCCAUUACCAAUAGUCCUCGAAUUCCCACUCAUAGUCCUAAGCACCAGCACCACCCCAAUCUAGAAGCCAUCAUUGAUCAAGCCAAAAUCAAUGGAUGGUAUAUCAACCCAACCGAGAUUCAAUUGGAAGAUAAAAUAGGGCAGGGAACCACAGCAGAAAUUCAUAGGGGAACAUGGCGUGGAUUUGAUGUGGCAGUGAAGUGCAUUUCACCUGAAUUCUUUCGCACAAAUGCAAACGGUGUUGAAUUCUUUGCUCAAGAGGUUGAAACUCUCUCAAAGCAACGCCACAGGUUUGUGCUUAAUCUAAUGGGUGCAUGUCUUGACCCUCCUAAUCAUGCUUGGGUGGUUACUGAAUAUCUAAGCACCACACUUAAGGAGUGGCUUUAUGGUCCUGGCAAAAGACGCAGAGAUAGAAUUGUGCCACUUCCUCCUUUCAAAGAAAGACUAACAAGGGUCAUAGAGAUAGCCCAAGCUAUGCAGUAUCUUCAUGAGCAAAAGCCCAAAAUUAUUCACCGUGACUUGAAGCCCAGCAACAUUUUCAUGGACUUUAACUUGCAUGUUAGAGUGGCUGAUUUUGGACAUGCUCGUUUCUUAGGGGAUGGAGAAAUGGCUCUUACCGGAGAAACAGGAACAUAUGUGUAUAUGUCACCAGAGGUGAUACGAUGUGAGCCUUAUAAUGAAAAAUGUGAUGUAUACAGUUUUGGAGUCAUAUUGAACGAGAUUCUAACAGGAAAACAUCCCUACAUUGAGACAGAAUAUGGUCCUGCCAAGAUUGCUAUGGAAGUGGUAGAGGGUAAGCUGCGGCCUACACUUCCGUCAAGGGAUGAUGGUGAGCAUUUGGGAGAAUUGAUUGACCUUAUACGCCUUUGUUGGGAUGGAACUCCAUCCACUAGACCAUCCUUUGAUACAAUCACUCGUAUUCUCAAAAGCUAUACCAAUAGGGUCCUUCAUUAAUUUUCAAAAUAAUGUAUCUGCAGAGUAGAGAAAUCAAAUAAGCUAUACCUAUAUGAAUUAAUUCUUAUUCUUAUGUCAUGUGAUUUGUUUUUAGAGAAUUUUAUGUGGGAUUCACAUUAUUUAGUAACACUUGUUUGUGAUCAACUUAAAAA